AAUGCAGCCUAGGUAGCCCAAUAAACAGACAGCCGAUGUCUUUAGCGUAGGUCUUUAUCUAUCACUAAAAUAUAACGAGAUACAAAUUUUCUUAGGCUUUGGUCUGCUCAUUCUUGUGGAACCGCUGCAGAUUAUAUUAACUGUUACUGAUGCGUAACAAAUGUGACAAACUUGUGAGACCAGUAUCUGCCAGGCUCGAGCUACAGUGAUGCUGUAUGAGGACGCCACUAAACGAUGGAUACCUGCGGGGCCAGGUGUUCAGAGUGUUAGCCGGCUCCAAAUAUACCACAACACCAGCAACAACACCUACAGAGUCGUCGGCCGCAAAAUUCAGGCCGACCAGCAGGUGGUGAUGAAUUGCCCAGUUGCGAAAGGGCAGAAGUACAACCAGGCCACACCCAAUUUCCACCAAUGGCGGGACGCUCGCCAAGUGUGGGGUCUCAACUUCAGCACAAAAGAGGACGCAUCCCUUUUUGCUAAUAGUAUGACAAACGCCCUUGAAGUGAUAAGUGGGCUGUCAAGCACAGCGCUGCCCCCGCCCGUGCAGAACGAACCCUCGUUAGAGGAACAGGAAGAGCAGAAGAGACUGGAGAGGCAAAGGCAAGAGCAGCUGGAGAGAGAAAGACAGGCGGCGGCGGCGGCGGCUGCACCAGCAGCACCUCCAGCCCCACCCCCCGCUCCUGCAGCGGCCGCCCCUCCACCGGCACCACCACCACCACCACCACCACCUGGACCUCCACCUCCUCCGUCAGCAUCGUCAGCACCUCCCCCUCCUGGGCCGCCGCCACCUCCUGGGUCAGGCCCCCCUCCUCCACCCCCUCUUCCCUCUGGUGGUGGCGGCGGCGGUGGCGGUGGUGGUCUUGGUGGACUUGCAGAUGCCCUUGCUGGGGCUAAACUACGUAAAGCAAGCAGGGUUGAAAGUGAAUCCAAAGCCUCAGACAGCCAAAGUAGUGGCGGAGGAGGAGGAGGAGGAGGAGGAGGAGGAGGCCUCAUGGGGGAAAUGAGUGCUAUGCUCGCACGACGGAGAAAAGUUACUGAUAAUCCUGCUGCCCGAAAAGAGGACCCACCCAGUGAGUCCUCAGCUUCUAAAUUGCCUGUUCAAAAUGAUGUCAAAAAACCCUGGGAGAAGUCUUCCACAAUGCCAAGGACUACAUCUGCUCCUCGAUCCCAGGAGAGCAGCCCAGUGUCACACUCCCCUUCCACUUCCAUCCCAGUGUCAAGGACCAAGUCAUCGAACAGCACCAAUGAAGUAGGCUCAUGCAGUGAGUCUCUGUUGGAGAAAUUUAAAGAGGACAUACUUGAGGAAAUUCGCAAAGAACUGCAGAAAAUAAAGGAUGAAAUCACUGAAGCUGUCAUUCAAGAGCUGCAGAAGAAUGUUGCUACGCAAGAUGCAGAGUGAGAUCAACUGGCUGUUCGGGAAAAUAGUAUACCUGUUUAAACAUCAAGACUACCAGCACUAGCACACAGAGAUUAAACCUCCUGAAAAGGUUUAUGGAACCCUUAGCCUUGCAUAUGUCAUGAGCUGGCCUGUUCUGGCAUAGGCAUAGAUAGACUUCAUGAAUCAAAACCAUGAUUGAGUAGAACAUAACAAAUAGAAAAUAAUCAUCCUGUCUCUAAUAAACUUGGUGGUCUUGUAAAUUCAUGUUCAUUUGUAUGUGAUUUAUAGCUCAGGGAUUAGAAAUGCAUGCACAAAAGUUUAUCAUGUCCAGCAUUUCUGUGACCUCUUAUUUAGUGUCAUCCUGUCUUUAGGACUGCAUCUGUCAAAUCACAGAGGUCACACCUGUGACAAGAUAUUUUGGUUACAGAAGUGUAAAAUGAUUUGUACAGUCCUUUACAGUAAAUGUAUUGUGCAUGAAUACCAGUUUUUUUUUCCUUUUAAGUACACUGGGCGGAUAGUUAGAGCAAUGUGAGGAAAUAUUUUACUGAAUUUGAUGAUUUGAUCUAUUAUAAUCAGGUACUGAACCUGUACAACUGCUUCACCCAAUUAAGUUUUCUUUCAGAAAUUGUACUUUGUAAUGAUAUUUCAGGAUGUUUCCUUGCUGUUCAGACUUCAGUGCAAUAUGACUGAUUUUCCCACAGGUUUCAACAGAGUUGAGUUUCCACUGUUACCCUUUAUUUUUCUUAGACUUCAGUCUUAGACAUUGCAGCUUUGAAGUCAAAUACUUUGGGAAUAUGCCUUAUUUUUAUUGUGUAUUACAUGUGUUCCUUUGUAUUUUGUUUUGUUCAACAUAGCCAUACUUGAAAUGCUUUUCCUUUACCUUGAUUCAAAGCAAUAAAAAACCCUUGGCUCUUUUGAAUUGCA